AUGAGUCGACCUUCAUUCUACCUUUACAAUCACGGGAUCUCCCCCAAUUUGCUCACUCUGGGCACUCUGGUGUACAAAAAUUAUGCCGACCCAGAACUUCGAAGUGACCGAGCAGAUAGUGAAUCGGAUUUCGCUGAAUUGGAGAAACGAAACCAGAUCAUCUCACAAUCAAUCAGCGGCUGCUUUGUGGCGACAAAAGACACCAAAUUUGGCCUGGGCAUUGAGGCACUGGAUCUGGCAACGGUUGGAUAUGAGUAUGCGAGCAAAUGCAAGAAGCUGGUGGUUGCCAAAUCUGGCCGUCGAGUGAUUCUGGGAAACAAUGACAGUGUAGACAACUUUUUUGAGAAGGUCAUUCAGGACGACACCAUCCUCAAGCGGCUUACCCGGUGGCUUUCUGUUGCGAAAAGUCAGUGGAUAUUCUAUGCAGCAACCUUCCAGAAACCGAAGGUGUUUUGCGUCACAGGCUUUUAUGAGCUGGAAGAGGUCAUGGCCAGAACGGACUACAGCCAUACACAUUCGGCGACGCUUGGUGUCAGCUCUGCAGUGAUAGGGGCUGCGACUGGAGUGCCCAUUGGAGGAAAUAUCGGUCCGCUCAAGGAUGGGAGGUCAUUGAAGGCGAAUGUCGUCCUGGAGGAGAAAUCCAUCUGGGCCGCACGAUUCCACCAGCUCAAGGUGGAAUAUAUCCAGAUGGCGACAGCCGCCACGACCACACUGCCGUCAACGAUCAUGCUGUAUGAGGAUUGCACACAUCCUCGAGGAGCGCUGAUGAAUGAACCUCCCGUCAUUGAGGAAACGAGGACGGUGGAGCUUGAGGAAGAUAUCAGCAUGGCGGAUGCGGCUCGUGUAGGGACGAGACUUGAAGAAAUUGAAGAGAUCCCUGACGACGCUGAUCCAGGAGACAACUAUUGGCGUGCGUUUGAGGUGGCUGAGACGCGUCUCAUGAGGGCUGAAGAGGACAGUGAUGAUGGCUCACAGGAGGAGGGAAGAGAACAGGAGGAGGGAGGAGAACAGGGGGAGGGAGCAGCUGAUGGGAAUUUGGAAAGUAGAAAUGUCUUUUCUCCUGAUCAACAUGCAGUAGAUAAGCAUGGACCCCGAGAUCUGCUCGUUCACUUCCCUCCUGGUCCUUCCAUAGGGACACAUGACACCCCGUCGAGCGAAGACCUUGCUCAGCUGCAGCACAGCUUCCCACCGUCGACCUCGCUCGUCUCCAUCAGCUACAGGCUGGGGAAUAGCAUAGACCCAGCAGUCCCGCCGAAAGAAUCGACGUGCUUUCCGGUCCCCGUCCACGACGUCUCUACGGCUUUCGACUACCUCACAUCUCCAACCUCUCCAUUCAACGUGGGUUUCGAGGGGCCACCGAAGAUAUGUCUCCUGGGAAGAAAUAUUGGAGGUGCGCUCGCGACCAUGCUGGCCCUGACAAAGCCGAAUGAAAUUCAUGCUCUUGCGGUGAUUGAACCCAUGGUGGAUUGGACGGGGUUGGACGAUGUUGUCGAGCAGCUACGCGUUGUCGACACAUCCUCUCCUUCGCAGAAGAGGCAGAAACAGAAGGUCGCGAGCCGCUAUGGUGUAGAUACUCAGUCGGUUAUUGCUGCCGCAGAGCAGCUGAUCAGGUUACGGUCGAGACUGUUCGAGACGCCGUCCGCUUACUUCGACCCGUUUGCGAGUCCGAUGCUGUUCCUCCGUGCCUCAGGCAAAGACACGCCCCUGUCAACCACGGUAGCAAGCCAGUCGAUUGAUCACACUGCACUGGACCAGCUAGACAGCGACGGGGACUACGACUCCCUUGGCUCCGUCGACGGUGGCUCGCGGCAACGGAGGUAUUCAACACAGACAGGCUCCCCAGACUCCCCGCACGAUACAGGCCAACCUCCAAGUGAUGAAAAUGGUAGCAACCCGAUAUCAACACCCACGUCCCGACCGCGCCGCCGAAAAGUCCUCAGGCGCUGGCCCACUGUCGGGCUUCCCGAGUCCGUCACACUACCAUACGUCAGGAUCUUCCUGGAAUCUCCCACCCAUCACGACAUCUUCCUUCCGAGCUCGGAGGCGCAGGAUCUUACUCGUGGCCACGCCGCGCUCAUGCGGGGCCAGGGCCUCGAGAUGGCCGAACUGAUGCGGCGUGCUUGUUUCCUGGGGCGGGAGAAGAGCUUUGCGGAGGAGCGCGUCCAUGUCCGUGAGCAAGGACCGGAGGACCGGCAGAGAAUGGAUGAGUUGGAGCAAGGUUCUGGGCGAUGCCGGACUGGGAUGCAAGAAAAUGCGAUCGAAUGGAUUGCGGGAAUGUUUGCCAGAGACUAA